UACAGAAAGAAGUACAGGAAAUCGGAGUGUCAGACUCAUGUGUGAAGGAGGUCUUCCGUUUCAUUAUAAAUACCAACAGGUCUCCAAAACCCAAAAUGCACAGGGCCCAUAGAAGCAUCAAAGAAUCGCUGGACCAGUUGUAUGAUCGCCAGGCGGGAUGGCUGAAAAAUGAAGAUGUUGUCGAGGUCUAUCAUAAUGUGAAAAGUUCAGGCCACGGACAAACAAUCGGCAACCUCUGGAAAAAUAGAAAAGAGUUUCGAAAAGCUUAUGCCAUACUUAGGAGAGAUCAUAUUCUAGAGAAAAGAAAACACCGCGGAUUGGGUCAGUCAUUCGAGGAUCCCAAUAAAGCCUUUUAUGUGGAAAUAGAGAAUAGAAUGCAUAAAGAUAGAAAGGGCAAUUUCACGAUUCCAUCAAUUGAAGACACUUUUGAAAAAGAAUAUGUGAUUCACAUGGCAGCUUACAUUGUGCACCAUAGUGUCGACUUUCCGAAACGUGGGUGAAGACCACCAGAUACAUGCAUUCCUCCCAAGGAGUGUCGAAGGGUGAACGGAUGAUGAUUAUCUAUGUUUGCUUGCAAGAUGGGGCUGUGGAGAGAAAAUACUUUCUUUUCUUAUUUUGACAAAUCAUGUCCCGAGUAUAUUUUUAAUCUAUAAGCAUACAUGUAAUAUGGAACAUCAUAUAAUCUAAUGAAGACUUCAAAUAAUUAUGUUAGAAGUACAUGUAUAGUUUUAAAACGAAGCAGCCACACAGCGAUAACUUUUGUUAUAUAAUGUUUAUUUUCUUGUGAACACGAAUACAACCAAUCAUUAUAUAUAUUCAGGAACUUGAAAGUCACAAUGUAUAACAUGUAUAAUACUGAACACAUAUCACAAUUAUGUCACUUGUUUAUCACAGGCAAGAAGUAUGGAAUGUUUGUCAAUAAAAGCAACAAAUUAAAUA